AUGUCAUAUCACUGUGUUAUACACCAAGAAGCACUAUGCGCUAAAGUUGCAACAAUUGAUAAUGUAAUGACAGCUGUAGUAAAAACAAUCGAUCAUAUACGUUCCAAUGCAUUCAAACGGUGUCAAUUUUGUGCGCUAAUGGAACAAAAUGAAGAUAAACAUGGUUAUUUUCUUCAUUCAGAGGUCAGAUCGCUAUCAAGAGAAAGGAUUCUUGACAGAUUUUGGGAGUACUUGCCAAGUGUACUGCAGUUCAUGGUAACUCAAAAAUUUUCAUUCAGUACAAUGUCUAUUUCAGAUUUUAAGUGUAUACUGGCUUUCCUUCGCGACAUCACAGCACAAUUCAAUGUUCUGAAUAAGAGAUUACAAGACCGCCGUGUGCUGGUUUGUGAUUUGAUCAAUCACAUCACUGUGAUGAAGACAAAACUUAAUUUGAACAAAACUUAUUUUGAAUCUGGUAAUUGUACUCAUUUUCCUACUUUAACUAAAUGUCAACCAUCAAGGGAAAUGUUAUCGUCAUUCUCAUUAAUAGUGACUGUUCUGUAUGAUCAAUUUGAUAACAGAUUUAAUAAAUUUGAAGACUUAAAAAAGCAUAUGGUAUUUUUGUGUUAUCCAUUUGACUUUGAUAUGAAUGAUAUUAGUAUUCUAAAGGACUUAGAAGAAGUUAAUAUUUUAAAAGCAGAGGAUGAACUAAUUAAUUUUCAAUGUGACGACGAGUUGAGAAAAAAGCACCAAAAAAAGAUAAAGAUGAUAUAG